GAACCAACGGGUGACUUAUUCUGGUCAAGAUGUGGAAGAUACUGCUCCUCAUCAUUUUUGCUCUUCAGCUUGAAGGCAACGAUGGAUUCCUAUUUUGGAGGAGACAUAGGAGAAGGACUCGUCACGGCAGGAUAAACACACGAGAUAUGCUCGGCUGCUAUAGGGAUGCUGCUCAUAGAGUUCUGGAAGGAGGGCGGACUUGGAGUAAUCACAUGACAGUUGGUCGCUGUAAAAGUCGAUGUCUGAGAGAAAGGACACGAUUCUACGGAGUGGAGGCUGGGAAUGAGUGUUUUUGUGGCAAUACCAUGCGGUACAAAGACAGGAAACACAACAACGACUGUAGGAUGAAAUGCAAAGGCAACAACGAGGCAUGUGGCGGAGCCUGGCGGAUCAUGAUUUAUAAAAAUCCCAAAUUUCACACCUCAAACUUCGUUCGAAGAAAAGGACUUGUAGGUUGUCACGUGGACGGUUGGUAUAGAACACUAGGUGGCGCUUUUAGGAGAAGUAGAUACAUGACCAUCAACAAAUGCUUAAAUAUCUGUAAACGCAAGCGGAACAUUUACGCAGGAGUGGAGUAUGGAAGGGAAUGCUUUUGUGGAAAUUCCAUUCGUCGGAAAAAGAAAGUUGCACUUUCCCAAUGCAAAAUGCCCUGUUCAGGCUACAAGAAAGAAGGAUGUGGAGGAACGUGGAGAAUUGCUAUAUAUAGGACAGGUGUUAGAAACGGCAACAAAUGUGGACGGCACAGAAAAUGUCAUUCCAAUGGAAGGUGUGUCAAUGGAGAGUGUCGAUGUAAAAAGGGAUAUACCGGUGACGGCGUCAAGAGAUGUUACAAGACAUGCUCCUGUACAGCAUCAGGAGAUCCACACUAUUAUAUGUUCGACGGUCAGACGAUACAUUUCAUGGGCAUCUGCAAAUAUACUUUAACCAAAGUCAAAAACAGUCGCAAGAACAUUUUCAACGUGCAAGUGAAGAAUGAAUACCAUGGCCGCAAUCGCCGCGUAUCAUAUACACGUCUUGUGGACCUAAAGCUAGGAAAAACGACCAUUCGUCUUCACAAAUACCACAAAGUAUUUCUGAAUGGAGGAAGAAUAUACUUACCUUACACAAGAAGAGGCAAGUUCAGAAUUUUCAGAAGUGGUAGAAAUGUCAAAGUUAUAGUCAAUACGAAGUAUGGCGACGCUACGGUGACCUGGGACGGCAGGAGUUCGGUUGUAGUGACUGUUCCUAAAAACCUCGGCCGACGAAUGACAGGACUUUGUGGAAACUGUAAUGGAAAAAGAGAUGACUUCCGAACAAAAUAUGGCAAAGACGUGUCGAACCUCCGUAAUAAAUUCACAUUGAUUGGAAACAGUUACGCUGUUAAAGAUGAUACUGACCAAAUUCAUAAAACCUGUAAGGCCAUAGAAACAACAAAUAAAUGUACCCCUGCACUGCGGAAGAAAGCUUUGGAUAUAAAUGCCUGCGGUUUUAUAAAUCCUGGGAAGAAGAAUGGAAGUCCAUUUAGAGACUGCAUUGUUGGUAGUCCUGGAGCAAGUAAAACAAUGUUUGAAAACUGUGUGUUUGACUUCUGUACGUAUUACGAUGAUAAAUCACAACGGAAGAGAACUAUUUGCCAGAGCGUUGGCGGUUACGCGGAAUACUGCGCAGCCAGGUUGGGGAUCACUGUCAAAUGGCGUUCUGAAAAAUUCUGUCCAUUGCCUUGUGGUGAAAAUAUGGUUUACGAUUCUGAGAUGAGUGGUUGUCCAGCGUCCUGUGUAGAUCCCGAUUCUGAGAAGGAUUGCGACCAGCCAUCUACUGAAGGCUGUCGUUGUAAGGAUGGGUUCGUCCUUAGUGACAACAAGUGUGUAUCGAAAUCAAAAUGCGGAUGCAAAGGCGCAGACUCCAAAUACUAUCCACUGGGAGCAAGAUUUACAUCAUCAGACUGCACGACUGUGCAGGAGUGUAAAAACAUAGGUGGCACUCCCAGUUUUAAGACCAUUCAGACGAAGCCAAAGUGUGGUAAUCAUCAGACAUGUGUGGUGUCAAAUGGAUCUCCGACAUGCAUGUGCAGCAAAGGAUACAUGUCCAAUGGGAGAAGUGGUUGUAUAGAGGAAAGUCCCACAUGUAAGGGCAAGAAAGUAGACGUGCAGUGUGUGUCCCCCAAGGGAAAAAAGUUUGUGUGUGCCGUUUCAAAGGCAAAAACUGUUGUACAUGUUCGAUCGACAUCGAAAUUCUGCAAGUACGGAACAACGUAUGGACUGUCUGCAGAUGGCAUUUGGGUGUCUCUUGGUUGUAAAGGAACCUUCUCUGUGUGUUACAUUCCAGUACCACCAGUUCCAGGACCUUCGGAAUGCCUGGCUCAUAAUGACCCAGAAGGAAAGGACUAUAAGGGCUCCUUGUCGUUGACUGAGCAGGGUUAUACGUGUCAAAAAUGGUCUACUCAGUCACCGCACUCGCAUAAAUAUCUGAAGACCACAAACAACAACUACUGCAGGAAUCCAGAUAAUGAGAAAGCCGCUUGGUGCUACACGACGGAUCCAAAGAAACGUUGGGAUUAUUGCCAUAUUCCAGUAUGCCCGGGUGUUAAACCACAUCCCACGUUGGUUAAAGAAUGCCUGGAUGCUGGUGAUGAGAAAGGGUUGAAAUAUGCUGGACAUGUACACAAAACUAAAUCCGGAAAAGAGUGUCAGGACUGGGGACGCCAGAGGCCGCACAGUCAUAGUUACCGUAAAUUGGCGAAUCAAGGCAAUUUCUGCAGGAAUCCUGAUAACGAACCCACUCCCUGGUGCUAUACAAACUCCAGUGCCACUAGAUGGGAAGCCUGCAGCAUUCCAGACUGUGGUGAGUGCGAAAUUAAACUGGAGAGGUCCCUGAAGUGCGAAACUGUGCACAAAAUUUCUGGAAAAUGUUUCUUUGACUCUAGCGCUCUCAGCAAAUGUAAAUUCUCAGUGAGUUUAAACAAGUACAGAAAUGGCCAAUCAGAGGCAAGGGUAAUCAUGGGUAACACAGCAUACACCCUGCAACGAGGGAAAACACUGCAUAAAUGUGCCUCGUUUGAGAUGCGAUCCGACAUUCUCUAUGUUGUGGAAAAGCUCUGCGAUGAGAAAUGUACGAAACCUCCAAUCAUUUUGAAUUAAUUGACUUGAUAAUGAGAGCUUAACACUACAUAGCCGAUUCAAUUUUCCUUUCUUUCAAUCAUGUGUAUUUCAAAUAAAUUUGAUGCAGCAUGA